GUGAGUAACCCAAAAUGAUCUGAAAACGGAUAAAGAAAGCAAGUGUCCGGUCAGUAAAGACAAACCCCAGCGUAUACGUAGAAAGAUAACGAAGGAAAAAAAUCGAGGGAAAUCUGAAGGUGGUAAACACUUAGAUAACCAAGAUUUAAAAGAACAAAAAGAUCAAAGUAAAAUUGACGAUGCUGACAAAGGCAAGGCCAUGGAUAAGUCAAAUCAGAGAAGAGUAAAUAAUCGAAGCAGGGGGCGUAACAACAAGGGUUCUUCAGUUUCGAGUGGAAGGAUGACAGAUCAGACGAAAGAUGGGCGAAACAUCGAAACAACGAACAGUGAUAGGACUAACAAAAUCUCUUAUGAGAGCAAGAACAAAGGUACACGAACUAGACCAAUGGCACUUAGAAGAUUGAGGGAGCUUAUUAUUGAGGAACCAACAAAAUUGAUUCUCGCCUUGCUGAACCCAGCCAAUGGCUUUCUAGAACUUUUAGACCGCUGCAACACCUCGGAUCACACGGAGCUGAUUUUAAGUGCUAUAGCAAAGUGUCUUCGUUGCGACAAAGAUUCAUUUGUACUAGACCUAAUCUUCAAAAUACACAAUUCACCAUUCAUAGACACUUCAUUAGCAUGUAGCCAUUUCAGCAACAUAACUACCGAUGUUUUCCUAGCGUCUUCAUCAGAUGCAGCGUUGGCAGAAGUUGAAAAAAUAGUUCGACGGUUCAAAGGGUCAAUCGUUGAUUCUCUCAAUUUAAUGACUGAGAUGCUUCAUCGAUUACCUUCAAGUGUAGCGAAGGUCAACGCAGCUUUGAGCGUGAUGGAUACUUUUUUGAAAGAAAUCAACACUGUUGCACCCGACGACAUUGCAGAAAUAAUCGAGAACUAUGACGACGUCAAGCAAUUAUUAAAGAGAGCAAUAGAAAAGGGACAACCAGUUCGAUACACAAUUAUUUCUGAACAGCGUAAAGAAACGAAACGACGCGAAAAUGAGGAUCUUCCACCACCAAAUGAUUUUAGAGAUACCCCUGUAUUCCCAACUCAGGAUGAUAUCAUAUUGGACGAAGAACCUUUCCUGAGAAUGAACAAGUGUGACGGGGCCUAUGAAGAUAUUGAUCACUAUUUAGAUGUCCAAUUUCGUCUCUUAAGAGAAGACUUCGUCAGACCACUUAGAGAGGGCAUCGAAAAGUACACACGAUUGAACGAUUCAAAUGAAAAGGGGAAUCUGCAAGAUAUUCGUCUGUAUGAUAAGGUCCAUAUAAGGAGCCCGAUGUGUCAACAUGAUGGAAUCCAUCAUAAAAUACAAUUUGAUGUUUCUAGUUUAAAAGGAAUAAAUUGGAAUACAUCGAAGCGUUUGAUCUACGGAUCAUUACUUUGCCUAUCUAGAGAUGGCUUUAAAACAUUCCUUUUUGCCACUGUAUCUAAUAGGAAAGUUAAUGAUUUGAAUCAAGGGAUACUACAGGUUAGAUUCGAACAGAACAACGUAGAUAUUGCCACGAUUAAGCCUGAUGUCGAAUUCCAAAUGGUUGAGACGACCGCAUAUUUUGAAGCCUACAGACACGUGUUAAAAGCUCUGCAGAGUCUUAAUGGGGACUCACUACCGUUUCAGAGGUAUAUUGUUAAAUGUGAGGCCAAUGUAGAUUCACCCAAAUACAUACGUAAUACUCCAAGGCAGACAUUUGACUUAAGACCAUUAAUAGCGGACAAGGAAGUCGAUUUGACUCGAAAUUAUGACACUGACGAUGAUGAGGAAGUUGGUCGUGAAACAAAGCGUAUUGCUGAAUUAUCCAAAGUAGAUGACCAUGCACGAUCUGUUGAGAUUCUCCAACCUGACAAGUGGCCAAGUGCAGAGGAAAUGCACCUUGACUCAUCGCAAUAUAAAGCUGUCCAAAUGGCACUUACGAAGGAAUUUGUCAUCAUCCAAGGACCACCGGGCACAGGAAAGACGCACAUAGGUCUGAAAAUUGUUCAGACGUUGCUACAUAACAGAAACACCUGGACCAUGGAUCGGAUGGGUAAACAAGAGAACAGUCCUAUUUUGGUAGUGUGUUAUACAAAUCACGCUCUUGACCAAUUUCUCGAGGGCAUUCACACAUUUUGGAAAACAAAUAUUGUAAGGAUAGGAGGAAGGAGUAAAAGUGAAAUAAUGCAGAGAUUCCUUUUAAAGAAUAUAAAGCAAACGAUAAAGAGGGACAAAAAGAUUCCUUUGGACAUACGUCGAGGAAAAUAUGAGGCUACCAUCUCGCUUCGGGAGUUGCAGAAAGAGAUAGAACAAGUUACAAGUUAAAUUGACAAGACUUACAAAGGUAUUUUAAAGGCAACCAUCUUGCGUCAGUUUAUCGCCGAUGAACACUUUGACAAACUUCAUGAGAAUUCCAGUGCAAAUAGACCUCAAAUUGCAGACUCAAAGCAGUCUAGCAUAUCAGUUUGGCUUGAGAUCGGAGACAAAAUGGGGUCAUCAAACGCCACCUUUAUUGACAUGAUGAUUGUAAAUGAUCCAGAUGAACCUAUUCAAACAGAUACACUAGAUGACAUAGAUGAUGAGUCUGAGGGAGAAGCAAAUGGACGGAUACUAGAUGAGGAAGAAUGGGAUACUGACCAAAAUUCAUAUCAACAGAACGAAAUGGGUGCCAAUGCAACUGCUGAAAUAUUGGAUGUUGACUUUAAUUGUAUCGACAAGACAGAAAAUUCAAAAUAUGCAUAUGAAUGGCAGACAGUUCAAAGUAAGCGAUCCAAAAAGCAGCAAUACAGAAAACUGGACAGUACUGAUAUGAUGUCAGAAGAUGAAGCUCAAAAAUGCAUUGAUAUUUGGGAGAUGUCCACCAUUGAGAGGUGGCGCCUAUAUCGUUAUUGGGUGAAUAAGUACAGGACAAAUCUGAAAGAGAAAAUCCAAGCAUGUGAAAUGGAAUAUGAAAGAAUUGCUCAAAUUAUGAGUGAUCUUAAAAGAGAGGAAGACUGUAUCGUAAUGAAAGACGCAGUAAUUAUUGGGAUGACAACAACUGGGGCAGCUAAAUACCGGGCCAUACUUCAACAAGUGAGACCUAAAAUUGUUAUCGUUGAAGAAGCAGCUGAAGUGUUAGAAUCGCACAUUGUAACAACUCUUACUGAAGAGUGCGAACACCUGAUCCUGAUUGGAGAUCAUAAACAGCUACGUCCUAACCCAACUGUAUAUGACUUGGCUAUACACUUUAAUUUGGAGAUCUCCUUCUUUGAACGCAUGAUCAACAACGCUAUCCCAUAUGAGUGUCUAGAGCGUCAGCACAGGAUGAGACCUGAGGUAUCUGAAUUGAUAGCUGACAUAUACCCUGAACUGAAAGAUCAUCCUUCUGUUCGUGUUUACGGAGACGUAAAAGGAGUAGCAAAGAAUAUGUUUUUCGUGAGUCAUAGCGUGCAAGAAAAAAGUGAUGUCGAUCUACGAAGCAAAUCAAACCCAUUCGAAGCCGAGUACAUAGUAGCUCUAUGCAAGUAUCUGAUCCAACAGGGUUAUAAGAGAGAAGAAAUCACUAUUCUGACGCUUUACACAGGUCAGAUGUUUACCAUCAAAAACUUGAUGCCAAAGGCAUUCUUUAACGGGGUUCGAGUUUGUGCAGUCGAUAGUUUUCAGGGUGAGGAAAAUAUGAUUGUUUUGCUAUCUCUUGUCAGAUCUAACAAUAAAGGUAGCAUCGGAUUUGUCGGUAUUGAGAACAGGAUAUGCGUGGCGUUGUCAAGAGCCAAAAAAGGAUUUUAUGCAAUUGGAAACAUGAAGCUGUUCGCUGAAAAAAACCGCCUUUGGAAAAAGAUAAACAAGCGUUUGAAACUCAAUGGAAAUGUUGCUGAUCAUCUGGAGCUCUACUGUCAAAACCACCCAAGUGAUAAUCACAUCAAAGCUAAAACAGCAAAGGAUUUUAACAAAGCCCCUAGUGGAGGAUGUCAAAAGAAAUGUGCCCUCCAAUUAGAAUGUGGACACGCCUGCACACAACGAUGCCACGUUGUUGACGUUAACCACAAGGAUUAUCAAUGCAAAGUACUUAAAAGUAAGGUCAUACCAUCAUGUGGUCACAGUCAAAAUAUGCCAUGCUACUUAGAUCCAAAUGAAUUCCUUUGUCAAAUGCCUUGUGGGAAAUAUUGUUCCAAUGGCCAUAUGUGUAGCAGAAAGUGUCAUAUGGAUUGCGGUGAUUGCCAGAUACUGAUAGAAAAAGUCAUCCCAUCUUGCGGGCAUAGGCAGGAUGUACCUUGCUGUCGCAGCCCUGAUGAAGUAAAAUGUUUGAACCCGUGUGAAAGAACGUGUGAAUACGGUCACAUUUGCAAGAAACUCUGUCAUCAGGAAUGUGGAAAAUGUAGAACCAGAAUUGGGAAAAAACUCAAGCCAUGUGGGCACACACGUUUAAUGGCUUGCUACGAAGACCCAGAUUUGUUCAAGGGUAGAUGUCAUGAAUUCGUGAAUAAAGUUAUACCAAAGUGUCUCCAUACACUCCAAGUAAAAUGUCACAUGGAUCCGUCUUUUGUCAUCUGCAAUGAAAUGGUCAGAAAAGAGAUACCGUCAUGUGGUCACAUUCAAGAGAUGCGCUGUCACGUUGAUCCAGCCACUCUCAAUGGAUGUUGUAUCAUGGUUGAUAAAAUUAUCCCGUCUUGUGGACACAAACAGAAAGUGGAGUGUUUUACUAACCCAGCUGAUGUUAAAUGUUUGAUGCCUUGUUCGAAGAAGUGUGAAAAUGACCACCCAUGUCCUGAACAAUGUCAUAUAGCAUUGAAUGCCACCAAAAUUCAGAUUCCUCCAGUGUUGAGUGUCAACAGCCAUGUUUACAUCCGCUGGGCUGUGGUCAUCUCUGCAAAUGAACAUGUGGACGAUGCAAACAGGGAAAGCUUCAUGUACCAUGUGAGAAAGAACUCAGCUGUGGCCACACAUGCAAAGACGCCUGUUCGUGUAGAUACAGCAUGAACAUCCCCAAACAAAUUUUAAAACUACCGAAUCCAACAUAUAAUAGCUACACCAACGUCACCACGUUACCCGAUCGCGAUGCUGUUAAAACGAUUCCGACAUCGGUCAGUGUUGCUGACAAAAGUGCAACAUUGCGAUCAGAUGUGCCAGACUCACUUAACAGUUCAAUGAACUCGCGUACUGACCAGCUAGAAGAGUCUCCUCUGAUGACGUGUGCGCUUGAGAAAUAUUGGGCCUAUUGUCAUAAAG